AGGUAUAUAAAGGCUGAGCAACACUUCUAUUCUGUGCCAUUGCAGGCUCUGAGAACUAGCUGGAGACUUUCUGAGCAUUUGGCUUCACCAUGUCUUCUAAUGAGAAUGAUGUUAAGGAUGCUCCCUCAAAGAGUGGGGAGCAGGAGCAACAGAACUUGGUGAGCAGAGUGGCCAGCCUGCCCUUGGUCAGCGCUGCUUACGACAUGGUCUCCACCACUUACACAUCCAUCAAAGAGACCCACCCAGUCAUCAGAUCCAUCUGUGACGUGGCAGAGACUGGAGUGAGGACCAUCACCUCCGCUACAGCCAGCGGGGCCCAGCCCGUCCUGGACCAGCAGGAGCCUCAGGAACUGUUAGUCUCGACAGCCAGUGACUCUGCCUGUGAGAGCCUAGACCAACUGGAAGAGAAGCUGCCCGUCCUCCAACAGCCAGGUGACCAGGUGGCCUCUGAUGCCAAAGAGCUAGUAUCAACACUGACAGGUGCCAAGGAUGCCGUCUGCAGCACGGACACUGGAGUGAAGGAUGCAGUGACCAGCAUGGUGGGUGUGGCCAUAGGGGCUGUCCAGGAGACAAUGGAGGUGACCAAAUCAGCAGACACCAGCAGCAUGAGCACAGUGUUGGGCUCCAGCAUGGGGCAGAUGAUCAUGAGCGGUGUUGACUUGUUACCUGAGACAUCUGAGUUGCUGGUGGAUCACUACCUCCCAAUGACGGAUGAAGAACUAGCUAAACUUGCAGUAUCCUUGGAGGGGUCCGAAGAGGCUCCCACAGAGCAGCAGAGUUACUAUGUGUGUCUGGGUUCCCUUUCGAGCGCGCUGCGCCAGCGAGCCUACCAGCACGCCCUGGGCAAGAUGAGACAAGCCAGGCAGCGCACCCUGGAGGCCCUCUCCCAGCUCCAGCAAACCAUUGACCUGAUGGAACAUGCCAAGCAGGCUGUGGAUCAGAAGGCUCAUGAUGGGCAGGAGAAGCUGCAGCAGAUGUGGCUGGAGUGGCACAAGGGCCAGCCAGGAGUCGGUGAGGACAGUGGCUCACCACAGCCAGAGGAGAUGGUGUCCCAGGCUCUAGCCACUUCCCAGAACCUCAUCCUGCAGGUGCAGGCCACCUGCCAUAGCCUCCUGCCCAACAUCCAGGGUCUCCCUGCUGCUCUCCAGGAGAAGGUCCAGCAAGCCUAUGAGAACAUGGGAGAGCUCCAGAUUUCCUUCUCCAAUGUCCAGUCCUGCCAGGAGCUGUCUGAGGGUAUCCUGACCCAGACCCGGGAGAAGGUGACCAAAGCCCAGGAGUCCCUGGAUGAGCUGCUGGAAUAUGUGGUGCAGAAUACUCCCCUCACGUGGAUUGUGGGUCCUUUUGCUCCUGCUGGAGACUCUACUGAGAAGGCAGAAGUACUGGCAGAGGCUGAGAAGGUGGAGCCCGAAGUGGUGGAGGCUGUAUAGUGAUCCAAUGCAAUACAUCUCUCUACUGCUCAAAUGGUGCUUAAUGUUCACAGCCAGAAUAGCCCAGCCAUAGUUGGCUUUGGAAUCUGAAUCUGUUACUUUGUACACUGACACUGUAUGUCCAGCUGUAUGCACAUAAUGACUCCCUGCAAUGUGUGUAAGGCUGUCUCUCUCUUGCUAGAGCACCUCUGAUGCUCUUCCUGGUGAGCUCUGAGUGGGAAUACCACUCUUUGAUGCAGGCCCUAAGCUUUAUGGCCUUAAUGUCUCCUCCAAGGGAAUGGGAAGAGACUUCCAAUCCCUCUAUUUGGGAGACUCCUGUCUCUGACCUUUCAAAGUCCUGGUAGGGCUUCCUCUGGUCUGUCUGAGGGCCUGUUUGUUAGGGGUAUAAAAGGAGUGAGGGUGGGACCUGGUCUGCUUCCUGCCCCUGCUGUGCAAACACUUGACAGGCCAGGAUAUUGCAGACCCUCACACUGGUUUCCUCCAAGCUCCCCUUCCCUUUGGAGUACAGCCUUAAGCAUGGAAGCUUGUGGCAGUGCAUAGUAACUGACUGUUUUGCACAUAGCAUCUCCUGCUCCACAGCACAUGCCCUUGUUGUGUUGGUUGCUCGCUUUGUCCCUUUCUAGCAUUGCGCUGUUGGGGUACAGAGGCUGGUCUCCUACUGCUCCCCUGACAAAGUCCAUAGUCUCUGCCCCUAGAAAGACCCACCCUUCCCCGUGACUGACUUAUGAGUAGAACAAAAUGUAAAACUAUUGGCUCUAGCAAAAUAAACAUGCUAACUGCAUUCAGAUAAGGGUCCUGGACUAUCCUUUGGUUAUGAAUGAGCAGCAGGCAGGUCUCUCCUCCUGGAGAAGUAUUGAUUGACUGAAACAGGAAGUGUAAUAUCAAGUGCUGGAGUAAGGGGGUUAGGGCUUCUCCCCUAGCUGUGUGCUCAGCAGAGCAUGCUCCUAGCAGAGAUGGAGGCAGAAACACCAGGCUCUUUGCAAGCAGAUGAGAGGAGAGUUAGGUUUGAGACUUCAUUUCUGCUGCAGCACUGAUAGGAGAACUCCUUUACUCCCCAAGUGAUCUGGGGGAAGCAGAUAGUCACAAUUGCCUUCCUUCCCUGUUUGGAGGGAAGAGUUUCUUGCCACCCAUCUCCCUAACUUCCAUGGCUUGUGCCCUUUUGCCUCUUGGAAAGGGAGGAUCUGACUUAGCCAGAGCAUGCAAAGUCAAAUACAACCUAGUACAAAUAUUUAAACCUGCCUCUAGCCAAUUAAUAGGCAGUACUGGGCAAGAGGCUGAAUUGCAAUGAUGAGGCUUGCCCAUAGGUGGGACGUUACAGGAAUCGUUCAGCUGAACUAAAAUGCUAUACUGCAAGCACUCCUAUCUUGGGAUACG